AUGGAAAUCAUCCGAGAGAGUAAUACGUUCAAAACUGUCGAUGGCAAACUCAAGUUCUGUUGGAAGAGUCUCUACGUGCGUCAAGACGGCAUCGUAUACUACGGGUCAUGGAACGAUCGAUCAUCGAACCCUACCGAUAUCAGUCAAUUCAAGAAGUUGACGAUCAUCAAGACGAACGAAAGAGGCCCCAAAAUCCACUAUACAUGGGCUGUGGCAUCAGGGCAAGACUGUUACAUAAAAGCGCCGUACAUAACCGAUUUCAUCCGUCCAGACCUGGAGGAUGAUAUCCAACGCGAGCUUGAAGUGUGUGAAGUCCUACGCCGACAUCCACACCCGAAUAUUGCUACUUACUACGGCUGUCGAGACGAGAAUGGUCGGGCUACUGGUCUUUGCUUCAAACGAUACAAGGACACCUUGUUCCGGAAGGUCAAUCCUGAAUGGCUGAACAAGACUAUGUUCCGGGCUAGUGGUCGUGAGCAUGUCGAUGAUUCUCUCAAAGAGAACUUCCAUGGGAUUCUUGAUGGAAUCAAACACCUUCAUUCUCUCGGCCUUGUGCAUAAUGAUAUCAAACCGUCUAAUAUCAUGCUUGAUGAGCAUGGUAUCCCGGUGAUCAUUGAUUUUGGGAGUUGUCGGAAGACAGGGGAGUCAUUGGAGACCAGCGGAGUUGGACAGACGGAUGGAUGGCAUGAUCCAGCAAAUGAUCUUGUUUUGGAGACAAAUGAUCUGGAUGCCUUUGAAGAGUUGGAGACCUGGCUGUUUGGGUCUGUAGAUGAUGCAUAUCUGUUUCACGAGGAGGAUUGGUUGGAGGAGUGCUAG